AAAGUUCAGGUCACGCAGACAGUUUCAGUAUUGAGUGUGUUUGUGUUCCCCCCUCAGUCUCUCAAGUCUAACUCUGUUCGUACUGAGCUGUCCGAGCUUCAGGAUGACCCGCUGGGCGCUUCUUGCUCCCCUACUGCUCCUGCUGGGUCUGUUCAUCCACAGUAGUGUCUGUCAGGAGGCUGAGGACUCAGCAGCAGCAGCACCACCACCACCACCAGGCCAGGCCCCUCAUGGCACGCAGGCGGAGGACGAGAAUGAAGAGUGGGGACUGAACUCUCUCAGAGGCGGCUUUGAGGCCGUCGGCGGGUACUUUGACUCGGUGCUAGAAUUCAUGGGCGGACGUGAUGGGGUGUGCCAAUACCGCUGUAGAUAUGGUAAAGCUCCUCUUCCUCGUGCUGGAUACCAGAUGCCAGAGCCUAAUGGAUGUAGCUCUUACUUCUUUGGACUUCCUGUUCCAGAAGGGAUGGACAUGGGCAUCCCUGCCAUGACCAAGUGUUGCAAUCAGCUGGAUAUGUGUUACGACACCUGUGGCUCCAACAAGUACCGCUGCGACUCCAAGUUCCGCUGGUGCCUCCAUGGCAUCUGUUCUGACCUCAAGAAGAGCCUCGGUUUUGUGUCAAAGGUUGAAGCAUGUGAAACUGUAGCAGACACCUUGUUCAACACAGUGUGGACCCUUGGCUGCAGACCCUACAUGAACAGCCAGAGGGCAGCGUGCUACUGUCAAGGAGAGGAGAAAGAUGAACUUUAAAGAUCGAUGCUCAAACCACUCUUCUAUUUAUAAAACAGCAUCAACAAGGGCAACAUCACAGAUGAUGGUGCUCCGAUUUAUAGUGCUGCAAAGACUGCGUGACUACUUGAGUAAUUUAUUCGGAAGGUCUUGUUCUUGUUUUGUUCAAAGCCCUUAUUCGACUUUGCAGUUAAAAUUUGGAUGUUAUUGUUAAAAGUUUAACUGCACACUGAGUUGCAAGCCAGAUCUAUAUUUGUUUGUUUCUAGCAGUGCAUUUAUAUCUGCUGUAGUGCUGUUAUUAGCAGCUACUCAGCUGCUAAUGCGUUUGAUUCUAGUAAAAAAGGAAAAAUGCUUGUGGCCUGAAUUCCACUUUACAAUGUAAAAAGACAGCCUAGUGUGCAUCCCACUACGAGUGUGUUACCAUGUCACACUGAGGAUAGUCCACUGUAUGAAU